ACUAUGUCUUCUGCUUCCUGUAUCUUCUGCAAGAUUAUCAAAGGUGAUAUUCCUUCCUUCAAGCUCUUCGAGAGCGACAAGGUCUUCGCCUUCCUUGAUAUCCAGCCGCUCAGCCGCGGUCAUGCGCUCGUGAUCCCCAAGUACCACGGUGCAAAGCUGACUGAUAUCCCCGAUGAGGAUCUGCUCGAGAUUCUGCCUGUCGCGAAGAAGAUUGCUAAGGCUAGUGGAGCCGAGGAUUUUAACAUCCUGCAGAACAACGGACGCAUUGCGCACCAGGUUGUUGACCAUGUUCACUUCCACAUGAUCCCCAAGCCCAACGAGCAGGAGGGUAUGAGCAUUGGCUGGCCUACGCAGGCUACAGAUAUGGAUAAGCUCAAGGCUCUCUUCGAAGAAAUCAAGUCGAAGAUGUAA